AUGACUCUCUUUGACGGUGUCUACCCCUUCUACCUGCAGCAGAGGAAGGCCUUUGUGUUUGAUGUCAGCACCAUCAUAGUGAUCGUGGUCUUCCUAACGUUCGCUUGCAGCUUCCUGCUCAUCAUCCCUGGCAUCCGCGGACGGGCGAGGCUGUACUGGACUGUCCGGGUUCUCCUCAGCCUCGUCGUGGGAGUGGUGAUUGUUGCUGUCCAGUUCACAGGGGACUGGGAGACUGGUUGGGUGAAGGCAAACACCUCCUACAAGUCCUUCAGCCAUGCCGUGGUGAACGCGGACAUUGGGCUGCAUGUCGGCCUGGCAGGGGUGAACAUCACGCUCAUGGGAAACCCAGUGAAUCAGGUCAACGAGACCAUCAACUACAACGAGCACUUUGCCUGGAGCUUCGAUGCAGACUAUGACCACAGCUAUAGUGAAGGCCUGGAGAAGGGGCUGCCUAGACCCAUCCUCUACGUGGCAGAGAAGUUCACCAUGCAAAGCCCGUGUGGCGUGCACAGGCAGUACCGCAUCUCCAGCCACUAUGCAUCGGCCACUCUCUGGGUGGCCUUUUGCACUUGGCUUAUCUCCAACAUGCUCUUCUCCAUGCCUGUCCUAGUCUAUGGAGGCUACAUGCUCCUGGUCACAGGGGCCUUCAUGAUCUUUUCGUUGCUCUCAUUCUCCACUGUGAGGAACUCCCCCAUGUGCCUGAUCCGGUUUGGGACUGCAACCCUGCACAUAGGCUAUGGGGGAUCUUUCUGGCUCACACUAGCGAUUGGCUUGCUCUGUUUUGUGUCUGGGAUCACUGUUGUCACACUGCACUACUUCAACCUGGACCUACUGAAAACUUUCUUUGAUCUCCGUGAGGACAAUGUAGAGGAGUACCAGGACAUGACUGAAGUGUUCAUCAACCCUCAUUUCAUGAGCAAAGGACUGCCUUCUUCUCAGCCCUCCAAACUCAACCCCAACAACAUCUAG